AUGUUCUUCAAGACUCUCGCUGCUACGGCGUUGUUGGCCGUCUCGGCCCAGGCCAUAUCCGUGCCCCGUGGCCCGGCUGGCAAUGGCACCAGGCUGUGCGGUACCCCUGACCCGACUGCGGAGCAGAUUGAGGCUUCCAUGGCCAUGCUGGAGCAGGAGCGUCAGUUCCGAGCCAGUGGAGAGUCGAGGGCUCUGGCCAGCUUCGAAGUAGACACCUACUUCCACGUCGUGGCGUCGUCCACCGCCGCGAGCGGCGGUUAUUUGACUCAAACCAUGAUCAACAACCAACUGGCUGUCAUGAACGCCGACUACAGCCCGCACGGCAUCACGUUCAACCUCGUCAGCACUGACUGGACUGUCAACGCCAACUGGGCCGCCGACGGCGCCGAGCUUGCCAUGAAGAAGGCUCUCCGCAAGGGAACCUACUCCGACUUGAACGUCUACUUCCUCGGUGCCCUGGGCGACGGCCUUCUAGGUUACUGCUACUUCCCUGUCGCCGGCGUCACUACCGGCUCCAGCGACUUCUACUACGAUGGGUGCAGCAUCCUCGCACAGUCCGUGCCGGGUGGAACCGCCGCUCCCUACAACGAGGGUGGCACUGUUGUCCACGAGGUCGGCCACUGGAUGAACCUCUACCACACCUUCCAAGGAGGCUGUUCCGGCAGCGGUGACUCGGUUGACGACACCCCCGCCGAGGCGUCGGCCGCAUCUGGCUGCCCUACCGGCCGUGACACCUGCACCGCCGCCGGCGUUGACCCCAUUCACAACUACAUGGACUACACCGAUGACGCCUGCUACGAGGAGUUCACCGAGGGCCAGGAAGCCCGCAUGUACAGUGCUUGGUCGGCUUACCGAUCUUAG